AUGCGGUUUUCAACCCGUAAUUCGUAUUAUCUCCGGAUUUCUGCAACCACCGUGCUUCCUCUAUAUCUGUAUCUAGAUGACAGACACGUAGAAUGGAUGUCAGAACGCGUGCUCCAGCACGUCCUGGCCGACCUGCGUCCCUUAAUCAUACCGAAGCUCAAUGCUGAAGCCGACGCGCAGCUAGGCCCUGGUGGAACCACCAACGCCAAGCGAGGCACUCUGGACGUGCAUCGUGGAGAUACUUACCAGUUUGGAUACUUCCUGCGCGGAACUGAACCUCAUGCAGUCCUUAUCAAGUCAAGGGUGUUCACCGCCGCACCCCCGCGUCCUCCGCGUGUCGUACCGCCGGUCGUCCAAGAGAGCAUGCAGACUUCUACUAAAGGAGGUACACGAUCCAAGAAGUCUCGUACUGAGUCACAGAAGACGGCCAAGAAGCCGGAGCCUAGGCCCAGGGGCAAGGGAAAAGGCAAAGGCAAGGGCAAAGGCAAAGGCAAGGGCAAAGGCAAAGGCACGGCUGCCGAUGACGAAGAGGAGGCAAUAUCUAUCUCGAGUGACGACGGGGACGCUGCGGAAGAUGCACCCGAACCCCUGGCCCCCAGACGAUCCAAGAGAGCGAGGACAGUCGUUGCAGGGGGCUAUCGAGAGGACGCAGACGAUGAUGAUGGGAUGUAUGACGGCGAAUCUCCCCCGACCCAGGGCGGGCCUCCUGGUGCUGCUGAGUGUGAUGACGACUACGGCCCUUUACACGUUGGGACAGCUAGUCGAGAUGCUUCUGUCGUACCCAAGCGCGAGGAGAUGGAGCCAUCGUUGGCUGCAGAGGACCUUCCUGAAGCGGCAUCUUUUGAAAUCAACGAGGGGGAAGCGCAGGCUGCCCCGUCGACCAUCGAUGUGGAGUUGGUAGAGGAAGAGGAGGAAGCUAAGCCGAAGCCCAUCCUCAAGUUGCAAUACCACGGCUUCACCAUCCACGGACGCUGUCUUUGCGUUAUCGUCGAGCCGUAUCCCCCUCUCCGCUCAGGGACUCGCGCACCAUCGCUUGCCCCCACAGGCCUCAUCGCCCCCGGCCGAGCCCCGAGCAUGGCUCCUCCGGAGUUUGUAUCUGGUGGUGGCGCCGCUCAGCGCGCACGCACGCCCUUGUUCCUACCUGACUAUGAUAGGGACUCCACUCCUGCACCAUCCACGACGCGCACUUUGCCUCCCGUGCCUCUGUUCUCGGAGACCGCAGAAGGUAGCGACGAGGAGGAUGGGGGGAUGGUGCUCUUCAGUCAGAUCCUACGGUCCGUAGGUGACCAUCCGCCUGGGAUCGCAGAGGACGAUGACGAGAUCGACGGCGCGGUGUUCUUCGGAGACGCGGAUGAGAUGAAGGAAUUAUGA